GAAAGAUGCCUCGAGGGACUCUUGAAGUUGUUUUGAUCAGCGCUAAAGGCCUUGAAGACAAUGAUUUUCUCUCUAGCAUAGAUCCUUAUGUGAUUCUCUCCUUCCGGGCUCAGGAGCACAAGAGUACUGUGCAAGAAGGUGCCGGAUCCAACCCUCAAUGGAAUGAGACUUUUCUUUUCACUGUUUCUGACAGUGCUUCUGAGCUCAAUCUAAGGAUAAUGGAAAAGGAUAACUUUAACAAUGAUGAUAAUCUUGGAGAAGCAAUAAUUCCUUUAGAGGCAGUGUUUGAAGAGGGUAGCCUUGCUGAGAAUGCUUACAAACUUGUGAAGGAGCAAGAAUAUUGUGGAGAGAUUAAGGUGGCUCUCACUUUUACACCUGAGAGAAAUGAUGAAGAGGAGACUUGUGGUGGAUGGAAAGAAUCAACAAGGGACUUUUGAAGUCAAUGAAGGAUUUACAUAUUUUCAAGAUUCAUAAUAUUCUAUUAAAAAAAAAAGUAUAUCUUUUGGGUCCCUUUUGGAAUUUUAAUCAGUGUGUUUUCUGGUGUGAUGAUGAUGUUCUGGUUUGCUUUUCAUCCAUUUUGAUAUAAACUACAUUUUGCUUAACACAAUAUUUUAUGCACUAAAGUUUAUUCCA